GUUAUCUGCAACAAUAUUUGACGGUUUUAGUUAUAACAAUAUUUUUGGUGGGUGAUUUUCGUUAUUUUAGACAAAUCUGUCGUUCAUUAUUCGAGAUAAAUUCAUAUUUUUCUAUCCAAAGGUGUAUAAUGGUAAAGAAUCCGGGGUGACCGGCGAAACCGAUAAUUUGAAUGUAGUCCGCCACGACUCGCCGUAUUCUGUUUUCAGUAUACGGAAUUAAGGGAUUAAGUUAAUAAAAGACGCCAUCUUGACAGAAGGCGUCUGCUGUGUCUUCUCAUGUUAAAUAAUUGUUUUUCAGCUCAUAAAUGGAUUAAUUGGUAUUGUGUGUUAAUGGAAAGUUGUCAGACGAUAACCGAUCGUUUCAGUGUAUGUUGUGCGUAAACUGAUUCGUGUGCAGUGAUAAAAUCGACUCGAUAAGACCGAUCCCACAUUCAUCCCACCUCGGAACUAUUUGUCGUGUUUAAUCUUGUUAUUUUACACGUGAGAGUAAAAAUGAUUGGCUUCUCAAAUUGAAUUAAUUUAAUAGGAUUGAGGGAGUCGUUGUUCAGGGGUUUCUAGCAUAGGUCUGAAUUUCCGGUAGUAAAACUUUGCUGUUCGAUAGGGUCAGAGCAUAGCCUAAUUGCGUCGUCUGUUGGCUACCACACCCAGUGUCAGCGAGAACUUGUGUAGUAGUGAUCCCUAUCACGGGUUCGAUUAGUGUGUGUAGCGUGAAUGUGUGUGCGGGUGUUAAUCGUGUGAAAAACAAUUUUUAAUCCAUGUUCAUUCCUUCUUAGGAGUGAACGCUGUGUAAAGAGUGGAAAAAGUUCUUACAACCACUCCAAAACGGCUCGCUUCAGAUAAUAUUGGCUGAGCGACCCCUCCGGAGUAGCCCAGGCAAAACAUGGCGUGUUGCCUAUCUGAAGAGGCAAAGGAGCAAAAAAGAAUUAAUCAAGAAAUAGAAAGGCAGCUACGGAGGGAUAAGCGAGAUGCGAGAAGAGAGCUCAAACUUCUGUUAUUGGGUACUGGAGAAUCGGGGAAGUCGACUUUCAUCAAGCAGAUGCGUAUUAUCCAUGGCUCGGGCUACUCGGACGAGGACAAGCGCGGCUUCAUCAAACUCGUCUACCAAAAUAUCUUCAUGGCCAUGCAGAGCAUGAUACGUGCCAUGGACUUGCUCAAAAUUCAGUACGCAGACUCAUCAUGUAUUGAAAAAGCCGAGUCAAUACGAAGUGUAGACUUUGAAACAGUGACGACUUUCGAGAGUCCGUACGUAGAGGCGAUAAAGGACCUGUGGGCCGACGCCGGCAUCCAGGAGUGCUAUGACCGGCGACGGGAGUAUCAGCUUACCGACUCUGCUAAAUAUUACCUUAUGGAAAUAGACAGAGUUGCGGCACCGAACUACCUGCCCACUGAGCAGGACAUCCUGCGGGUGCGAGUCCCCACCACUGGAAUCAUCGAAUACCCCUUUGACCUUGAAGAAAUACGAUUUAGUUAUCUCAGCGAUCUAGCGAGAAUUGAAAGUGCAGAUUUUCUGCCUACUGAGCAGGAUAUUCUUCGAGCUCGAGCCCCGACCACUGGUAUUAUAGAGUACCCAUUUGACUUGGACUCUAUCAUAUUUAGGAUGGUGGACGUAGGCGGUCAGAGGUCGGAAAGAAGGAAAUGGAUCCACUGUUUCGAAAACGUCACUUCUAUUAUAUUUCUAGUGGCUCUGAGUGAAUAUGACCAGAUCCUCUUCGAAUCUGAAAAUGAGAAUCGAAUGGAGGAAUCGAAGGCCUUAUUCAAAACAAUUAUCACAUAUCCAUGGUUUCAGCAUUCAUCAGUAAUUUUGUUUCUUAAUAAGAAGGAUCUCUUGGAAGAGAAAAUCAUGUAUUCUCAUCUCGUUGAUUACUUUCCAGAGUAUGAUGGGCCUCAGCGUGAUGCUAUCACAGCUAGAGAGUUCAUUCUACGAAUGUUUGUUGACCUAAAUCCUGAUAGCGAAAAGAUAAUCUAUUCACAUUUCACAUGUGCCACAGAUACGGAAAACAUAAAACUUGUGUUCUGUGCUGUCAAAGAUACAAUUAUGCAGAACGCCCUCAAAGAAUUCGGAAUGAAUUGAUUUUAUACGAAUAUUUCAUUCAACUCUGUAACCUUUAUCCAAUAUUAGUCAAUUUUAAUGUGUUAUCUGAUUCAUGAAAUGAAUCUGAGUAUCUUAGAAAAAUAUUUGAAAUCUGUUUUUAUGAUCUGCAGAAAGGUAAAAAUGCCCCAAGUAUUAUUUCAAAUUUAUUUAUUCAAAUGACUCUUAUCUGCAGAUUGAUCCUUUUGGAUGUUCUGCCUUGCCGUAUUCCCCAAUGUCAUUUCCUAUUUACAUCCAAGUUAUAGGUUAGAUAUUGGGUUAUAGUUCAGAUGAUCACCAAGCACUCAUACUUUGUAAAAACUCUGUUAGAAAAAAUAAAAAGAUUGAAUUAGGAUGUUGGAAAACUAUGGAAUGUUUAUAAACGUAUUAAUGUAAUGUGAAUUUUUCAAAAAUAACUCAAUUCUCCCUCCUCUUCAAACAAUAAUUUGAUUCUAGCAUUCUUAAAUAUAUAUUAAUGACCUUCAUUCUCAGACAUUCCUUCCAGUUUUAAUCAAAAUCUUUCUAAUUAUUAUAUACAUAUUUGCUCUAAAAUUACUGUAUCACAUUUGAAUGAUUUUACCAUUUGAAGAAUAUCAUGCAUAAAAUGAAUAUGAAAAGUAAUCUUGUUUCAAAGAUUAUUCAUGCCAGUAGUAAAUUCUCCUCAAUUCUGAUAACCAAUCCCCAUCCAUUUAAUUUAUAAAAUUGUCGUCUGUCUUCAAAAUAAGCCAAGUCAACUAUAUAUAUAUAUAUUAUGAUACAAUUAUCCAAUAAAAAAUAUAUGGUUUCAAUGUAGUCUAAUUAUCCUAUAAACUGAAUUAUGUUUAUUUUACGUUUUACUAAGAAAUGAUACUGUUCCCUAUUAAAGUUAAUGAAUUAAAUAGAUGUUUAUUCUACAAAAAAUGUGUGAUAGACUAUAUUUGUUACAUUCAUUUACUUAGACUAUAUUUGUUGCAUUCAUUUACUUUAAAUGAAUUUCACAUUUUAUCUGACAAAGAGAAUGCUAAUUGUUACCAAAAAUUCUGCAUUCGAUCACAAUAAUCUGUGUUAAUUUGUAAAGUGUGUAAAAAUGGAUAUAACUGGACGAAUUAUUGCUUAAUAUUGUAUUAAUGCAUGUUGAAUUAUCAACAAAAAUGCUUUGUCCAUGUUUUUCGACUAAUAUUGUAAAUGUAAUGGUUCUUGAGUCAUGCUAUCAUACCAGGCUUUUUUGCAAUGAUAUAAUAAAGAUAUAUAAAAGCAAGGCUUAUGUUAGAAGUGAAAAAUUAGAUCUGUCCCCUUGACUUGAUCUGGGAAACCCUAGUUGAAAGGUGUCCUCAAAAAUCAAAACAAACUUAAAUAAUAUCAUUCGAGUCCCGGCAUACUUCUAUUAAUUUUCGUCGCCGCAAAUAACUUUAGUUGCUUCAGUUUGCCAACCACAUCUCGAACUAACUUCAGUAGAAACUCCGAAAUCAAAUCAUCUUGCUUUAACGGACUUUAGGUUUACGCACAUACAUUUUGUUUCACAUAACUAAUUCCACAAAAUGCCUGGCUGUUUUUGUCUUCAUUGCUUGCUUACCUGCAUUUUUGCAUGUUUGAUGUUAUUACUUUUAUCAAUAAGAGGUAAGUUAGUAAAACAUAUUAUUAUAAAUUUGUAGCGUUGAACUUAUAUCCCAUCAAUUUAUUUGUAUUAAAAAAUCGAAGUAUUCCAACAGCAUACGUUGAAAUUCGAUCUUGGAUUACCUCAGUUCUUGUAUUGAGAACUGUGUUGAAAUUUGAUUUAAAAAAAAACAAUAUAAGUAUAAUAAACGACGAUGACAAUCAUUCACUGCUUGAUGGUUGCUGUUAUUAGGUGAUAAAAAAUAAUGAUGAAACAUGAAUCGAUUCAAUUUUCAUGAGAAAAUACAGAGUGGUGCAGUGAAACCAGACAUUUUUAAAUAAUGUAAUUUCCAUGAAACGUUCAUAAAACUACUAGAUUACUAAUGAAAUGGCAUACAUUCAUCAUUCAAUUCCUGUUUCUACAGUCAAAAUGUUUAAACGUACUUAUUUACUUUUUAAAAUUACUUCAAAGAUGCCCUCAUUUGGCGUUCAAAGCCUGUUAUGAAAACUCUAUUAUGUAGCAAAUUUUGCGGAAUGACAGUAAUCUCGUUUUAAAUGUUUUCCUUCAGUUAUGUAUUGUUGUAGAAACUUGUACGGUGCACCUUGCGUCUAAGGAAUCCCCCAAAAGAUUCAGCAUUUAUGACUUUGAAUGCAGUAAUACAGGUUUUAUAGAUUCUUUAAUCGCUAUUGCGCGUACCCCACUGGUCCAAUGGUCAUUAUUACUUUAUGGCAUUGCGUUCACAUGAAAAUUAAAAUUGUGCAACGACUACAGCGCUGUGAAGAACCUGUAACCUGCACCAUCCUGUUUGAAAACAUGAAUUUCUAUCAAGAAUAAAUAUUCUAUUUAUUUUUCAUCCAAGUAGUUGUAAUUUUGUAGUAUGGUUUAUAGAAUUUAUCCUUUCAGUUCAGGCGAUAAACGAUUACUACUUAUUAGGUAAUGGUAUGUCAUAAAUGUUAUUUUUGGUCUAAGUUAGUAGUCUAAGUUAGCUACUAACGUUGCUUUUUGGUAGCCUCAUAUCCUACUCUCUAUAUAUAUUUACAUAUUAUAUUUUAAAUAAUGGUGUGUACUGUGAGAUUCCCAAAAUAUUUUUAUAAUAGUAGCUUGUAUUUAUCAUGUGUUGUUUUUGUUGUUUUUUAUGAGUGAGUUGUUUUGAGACAAGUCAUAGAGAAUAAUGAAUAAUUUGAGCUUUAUGUAACGUCUUUGAUCUUCUCGCUGGAUCAAUUAUUCAGUUUUGUUAUACUUCAUUGUUAUUAUAUUUGUAUAUCACAUUGGAAGGCUAGAUGUAUGAUGAAAAUAUUUCUGCUAGUAUUUAUAUUUGGGUAGGUCAUUGUCUUCCAGAAACACAAUUGCUGGCUUGCGUGGCAUGGCAAUCGGCUAAAUCACCAGUAAACAUGUCACCAAUCGCAUCUCUUCAGUCAAAAUAACAAACAUUCAUUAUUCCUUCAUAACUGAAUUUUAAGAAAGAUAUUUAAAUAUGUAGUGUAGAACGUUUAUCGUAAAACUACAAAUCCGUUGAAUAUUUCUAUUUCAACAUACUUGAGCUCUAAUCGGUUUCAUUUUUUUUAACUUUUAUUGUGAAGUGUGUUUUUUACGAUUUUUUCAAAAUUAUAAAAAACUCACCUGAAAUCUUAGCAUUUACAGAUUUCAUUUGUCUUUCCUAUUGUUUCUAUGAAUCUUUGAACGAUUUCAAUUAAUUCUAUGAAUCUUAACGAUUCCAAUUAAUUUAACACAGCUAUUCUUACUUAAGUACUGUUUCUAAAGAAAUAUGUAACAAUAACUUCAAAACAUGAAAAUCUGAACGUAACUUACCAAUUGAAAAAACAUUUGUGUUUUCAAUUGAGUUUUCUAUAGAACUUGACUGUAUUUCAUCAAUGGCGAAAAAAUUCUAUUUAGAAACAGUUUUUAUUAAGAUAUGGUGCUAGGAGAAUCAUUUGAGUGUAGUUAAAGCUUUGAAAUAUUUCUUCUCGUCUGUUUUUGUUUUUUCAAACGAUUGCAUUCAAUAUCACCUAUAUUCUCUCCGAAGUUCAGAUUCUCUUGCAAGAAUAGUUUGUGUUGAAAUUAAUAGCAAAAUUAUGAUUUUUUGAACUGAGUUGUUUUUGAACUGAAAUCUCAUCAAUAUAAUUAUCUAGACGUACUUUUCCAUGUGUAGAGGUGUGUUACUCUCUCGUCUAAACUGAACACUAUUAUUUUCAAUGUUAGAAACACCAUUAUUUUUGUAUCAAUAUUAAUUGCAUGUUUGUGAUAAUUGUUUUAAUGAGUACUGGAUAAGUAUCGUAAGACACCACGAAACAGUCAGCCAUGUUAGUUACCUACACGAAUAAAGUUCAUGUUUGAAAGAACGGUUGAAGUGCGGUUCAACUUACAGGAAGUGAAUGAUUUCUCUCAGACUUUAUUAAUUAGGAGAAAAUAGUUGCGAACACAGUGAUAUGAGUUUCGGUGCUGGAUUGUGGAAGAACUUUGAACAAAUGCGAGGCCAAAUGACGUUUCCCAAAGUAAAACUUAUGUGUGCGAUUUUGAGUGAUAGCAAUGAGAUAAGUAUGAAUGUAUGUUUGUGUAUGUGAAUAUUUGCCAACAGAACACAAUUAAAACCCAAGCCGUUCCCAGACGGCGUUAACUUUCAACAUUUCUGAAUAAUUAUUGUUGAAUUACUGAAACAACAACAGCGUCACCUCUCCCAUCGAGACACCCUGUAUCGAAAGAAACAAAUCGAAAUAACCAAUACAAUUUAUAAUACACAUUAUUUUUCACGUUAGAAAAAAUAGAUGUGUGUUUUUGGUCCAAUCUGCGAUGAUGAUAAUAAAAUUAUUAAAAUAACGGUUAAAUUGUGGUCUUGAAAGACAAAAUCUAGUUGAAAUAUUAUGAAUUACAUUGUUGUUGAAUCGACGAGUGAACGAUGUUUGAAAUAUCUUUUUAUAGCUUUUGAAAAGUCCAUUGGUUUCAUCCUAUACGAAGUAUGAUACAUUCAACAAAUCCUUAUCUCCAGUUUUUUAAUAUUCACAUUGAGAGAUUGAUGUGUUUUCUUGUGGAUAAAAUGAUCUAAUAUAAUGUUAUUUGUUACUUUUUUUAUAAUAUCAUGUUUAUGUAUUAUAUUGAGGAAGCAUUCGGCUGUUGCAUUUACUUGUAGUGUGUGAAGCCAGUAUUAAAAUUAUAUCAUUUCUUUGGUCUGGGCGUUUGUAUCAGAAUAUAACUAUGUAAAACACACUAGCACUUGAUAAAUAGCUUUUUUAACGGUUCUUAACAUGCCUGGUUCAUUCCUAAUCGUGUCAUACUUAUAAAUAAAUACAUAUAUAUAUAUAAAUAUAUCAUGUCUUGAAUCUGAUUUCAUCUUGACUUAUGCAAAAUAUCUAAAAUAAGCUUCUUGGAACUCGUUUUAGGUACUAUACAGUACAUAUUUAAAGAUUGAUGGUUUUAAAUCCUUUUUAUGUAUUGAAGGGAAUGAAAAACUUUCAAGAAGUAUUUAGAAACCAGUUCGAAAAUUUGCAUUAGUAAAGGCCUAAACCUUCUUAGCGUGAUACUGGUUCUGGUCAUUUGUCUUUAAUUCAGUCGUGGUUAAUACUUUGAUGGUAUUGUCAUAUUUCUCCAUUACUAUCGAUAUAUCUUCAACUAUGAUUUCAUUGUUAUAGAAUUUAAUUGUUUUCUCAACAUUAUACGUUUCUCAAAUAAUACCAUUCAUUUCACUCAAUAUUCAUACAAAUUUCUUGAUAAUCAAAAUGAAUAAGCUCAACUCAUCUAAGCUAAAAUCCUGUAUAGCCUGUUAUAUUGUACAAAACUCAUUAAUAUCCAGAAUUCUUCAUCAUCAUAGUAUAAAUAGUUUUCUUCUAUUGAUGUUGUGUGGUGUCAUAAUACUGUUAUUUCCUAAUAAUUCGUCUUGAAAGAGUUGAAGUAUCUAUCGACGUUUUUGAAUACUUGAAAUAGAGCCGAACAUUGAUUUCGACUCUAUUGAAAUAUAGUCAACUAGUGGAUGGUGUACUAAUGUUAGAAUUUAAUCACCUUCAAUUAGUAACAAAUUAGCAAAAAACUCCCAACUCAUCAACCCCUGUUGUGAUUUUGAAUACGCUGAAUCGCAAAAACUUUUUGGUGAGUUGGAAAAUAUUUGCUUUAACCGAAUCGUAAACUAUUAAGUGCUCCAUACGGAAUACUUCAUUUCAGAUGUUUAAAUUUUUACAGUUGAAAACCAUGGAAUUAUCACGAUUCGUAAGCGUACUGGUUUUCUUCCUAUAAAAAUUUAGAAAAAAAUGGUCUCAAAUUGUUUAUAAUUAAAACUGGAAAUGACAUCCAAUCAUAAUUUACUCCAACUCUCCGUUUACCAGAAGUUAUACAACUAUUAAUCAAAUAACCAUAUAAAUUGAGAGCCUCAUAUUUAAAAAUAUAAAAUACUCAUGUUCAAAUACUGUGUACACAAAUUAUUGUUAGCGAAUUUUUAAAUCAUACAAUAAUUGUAUAAAUUUUGAUGAAGUCGAAUGUUGGGAUUAAAAGGUAUUCAUUCAAAUUGUUCAACGUUUUGGAAGAGCGUGAUAGUUGACAAAAUUAAGGGACCAGAAUGUGUUAAUAUUCAAUUCUUGUGAUGAGAUAUUAAUUCUGGCUUCAUUUUUGAAAUUGCUUUUCCCUCUCAUCUUAAUCAAAAGUUUUAUCUUGAAAUUUCAUUAUAUUUUAUGAUGUAUAAUUUAUUUAUCUUGAAAGCAAUGUCACAAAUAUGUGAAACAUAGAAUACAAGUCAUAACUAUUUUUUAAAUUUGUAUUUUCACUUUGAAAUGUGUUUGUUAUCAAAUUGCAUCUAAUAUUGUAACACUGUAUUCAAUUUGAAAUCGGCAUUUAAAAUGCUUGAUGUGGCUCUGGAAAUUGAAUUUAGUGAUUCAAUUCAAAUAAGCUAAUCCAUUAAUAAUUAUUUGAAGUUGAUUGGAGUUUUGUGAUUAUAUGAAUGACCAUUCUGUUGUGUAUAGAUUUACUUGUAAAUUUUCGUGUAUAUUCUGUACAUUGUUCGAGUGUAGAAAAAGCUCUAUUGUAAAAUGUUCUGUGUAAUUUUGAAUAGAAAUGCGAAUUUAUAAACAAAUAUAUAUAUAUAUAUAAUAUACAAACGCCCAGAACUGUUUGGGUAAAUAGAUUGAUUUGUUUUUUCAAAUAGAUAUAUCAUCUACAUUCGGGAUUAUAAAGUGUGUGUUAGGCUGAUUGGAUGUGUACAUAUUAUAAUAUAAAGAUUUGUAAUUUUUAUUUUGUCUGAGAAAGGAACUUUUUUGCGUGAGAUAUGAAGAGGCCAUUGCUUGACCUGUUAUUUGUGCAAGGCUUGCCUGUCUAUCAAAUUAAGAUCAAUUUGUAAAUCAUUUUCUUGUCAAAACAAAAGUAUAAACCAAAUUUUCUGAAUAGAA